UCUUUAGCAGCGUUUGAAAUCCCAAUUGAAAUUUGAAAGAAAGCAAAACAGAAAAUCGAAGAUAUGAGGUUUAAAUCUAAAACCGAUGAGAUUGGGGCUAAGCAUUUAGAGGAAGUGGCUCCAACUCAAGGUCCUUGCGAAACGCCGAUUCCUCUGCGCUUGAACUUGGCAGAGGCGGAUGCGAGUGAAGGAUGUAAUGCUGAUAGUGAACAUCAUGAAGGAGAGUUUUCAGGACCUAGUAAGGGAGCGAGGUUAAAGGAAAAACAAGAGGGGAGGAAGGACAAAGAACGUGUUCAGCCGAAGAUACUUAGAAGUUCUAUUUUGUCAAAUGGAGGAGAUGCUCUGAAUGAUGUGCCAGCAAACAGUAAUGCAGGGAAAAAAUCUAGGAAGCGGAAUGGAGUAGUCAUAAAAACAAACAUUUCAAGGCGACUCAAAGAACCUGCCAUUUACAAUAUAUUCAUGGUCCCAGCACUUGGCAAUGCAAGGCGUAGGAAGCUAUACUGGACACCUCAAGAGGAAGAUAAGCUGAAGGAAGGGGUGUGGAAGUUCUCAACAACAAUAAGGAAAAAUCUUCCCUGGAGAAAAAUUCUAGAAUUUGGUCAGCACGUAUUUGAUGUUACUCGUACUCCAGAAGACCUCAAAGAUAAAUGGAAGAAUAUGAUGGCCAAAGAAAAGAAUCCUCAGGAAGUGAUGGGAGGUAGGUACAGCCCUAAGGUCCAGCUGAAGAAGGAGAAGCUAAUGUUUUGAGAUGUAGACGGUGUAUGUUUUUAAUUGUGCAGUGUCCUUUUUGCCAAAUUUGUGAAGAAAAUGCAGUUUCCUGUGUCGUGAGAUGUGCAGAUAUUCUAAAACCUUUAGUUAGAUAUGGCCAGCAAUGGUCAAACCAAUAAUUGCAAAGUGGAUUUGUGGAUGUUGGCGAGCUUCUCGGUUCUCACCUGCCAAUUAGUCCUUUCUUGUGGAGCUUCACAUGCUGAUUAAUCCCCUCCUCAAUAUAUCUCCAAGGUCUAG